AGUAAUUUCCGAACCGGGCACUAGUGAAUAGAAACACACAUUGCGAACGCACCAAAUCCUGAUAUCCGUAACGUCUUUCAGUUCUCGUCACUGUGCUCAAAAUCGAGUUUCGAUCGAAAUCGUUUCCAAACCCUAAUCUCAACUUUUGAUUUCUCCCCCUUAUUUUUUUCAGCAUCUACAGUUUUUUUGAUCACUUUUUUCAAUGAAGGUUCGAUACUUCUUGCAUUCACUUUUUUUUCGGGAUUUAUUUGAUUCGGUUUGAUGGGGUUGAUCCGUAGAACUUGAUGAUUCUUGUUGAGUUGCGUUUGGAUCUUUGAAUUUAGGUAUUUUCAAUGUUCUGAUAUUUGAUUGGUAGUUGUGUGGGUUGGUCCUGACUCCUGUGUAUAUUCCAAUAUUGUAUAAAACAGUUUCUUUGAUUAUUACAUUGUUUGAGUUUUACUUGAUGUGAUUAUAACCCACUUUCAAUCAAAUGUUGCACCUUUGGAUUUGGAAGCUUAUGGGUGAUAUAUUGAUCAGUGGUUUUUUACAAUUUAUUUGAGGUGUCCGAGAAUGUGGGUUUGACACAGAAUUGGAUUAUUGUAGAUACAUUGUGUGUAUUUUGUAUGCAUAGACCCAUAAGGAGGUUUUAAGAUGUCAUUUAAAAGUAUAAUUCAGGACAUGAAGGAGGAGUUGGGGAGCAUUUCAAGAAAAAGUUUUGAAGGGAAGUUUGGAUAUGGGUUGAGGUCUAGGUUGCACCGGGUGGUUCAGGAUAGUUCGUUGGUUGUUAAUUGUCUGAAGCAGAGUUGUUGGGCCACUAUGCCUCCUGAGCUUUUGAGGGAUGUCUUGUUGAGGAUUGAGGCAUCAGAGUUUACUUGGCCCCCACGGAAAAAUUUGGUUUCUUGUGCCGGUGUUUGCAGGAGCUGGAGAGAGAUUAUGAAGGAAAUUGUCAAAACCCCAGAAGUUUCAGGCAAGUUGACAUUCCCAAUCUCCUUGAAGCAGCCUGGUCCAAGAGAUUCUCUCAUCCAGUGUUAUAUAAAACGAAAUCGGAGCACCCACACAUAUCACCUUUACCUCAGUUUAAAUCAAGCUUCAAAUGAUGAUGGAAAGUUCCUUCUAGCUGCACGGAAGUGUCGGCGUCCAACAUGCACAGACUACAUCAUCACUCUAAAUCCUGAAGACAUUUCAAAGGGGAGCAACACCUACAUUGGGAAGUUGAGAUCAAACUUUCUUGGGACCAAGUUUACAAUCUAUGAUGCACAGCCUCCAACUGCCGGAGCCAAAUUUACCAAAUGUCAUUCAACCAGGCUAGUUGGCUUGAAACAAGUCUCCCCCAGAUUCCCUGCUGGCAACUAUCCUAUAGCCCACAUUUCAUAUGAGUUGAAUGUAUUGGGUUCCAGGGGUCCAAGAAGGAUGAACUGUGUCAUGGAUGCGAUCCCUGCUUCUGCGAUUAACACGGGAGGUGUGGCCCCCACACAAACUGAAUUCCUAACUGGUAACAUGGAUUCCUUUCCUUCCCUCCCAUUUUUCCGAUCAAAAUCAACUCGCUUGGAGAAUUUGCAACCGGGACCUUUGUCCACCCAGAAAGAUGGGAAGUUGGUCUUGAAGAAUAAGGCUCCCAGAUGGCAUGAACAACUUCAGUGCUGGUGUUUGAACUUUAAUGGACGAGUGACAGUUGCCUCGGUGAAGAACUUUCAGCUUGUUGCCUUCCUCGAGGAUGGAGCUGCUGGGCAAGAGCAAGAGAAUGUCAUUCUUCAGUUUGGAAAAGCAGGAAAGGAUGUGUUCACCAUGGAUUAUCAGUAUCCAAUUUCUGCAUUCCAGGCAUUUGCCAUCUGCCUCAGUAGCUUUGACACCAAGAUUGCUUGUGAAUGACCGCCUAACAGGUCACUAGCCCUUGUGUCUCCAGCAAAUGACGGGUGUUGCUAUAUAUAAUGAAAAUUUGUCUGGGAAGAAAAUUGUGGUGCUGUGAUAUGUGAGUGACUUGCAACAAAGCUUCUGGGAGCGGGAAACUUUUUUCGCUUCUCUAAUGGCUGUGUGAGUAGCUAGUUCCCUUUCUCUCCUCUUCUUCUUUUCUUUCCCUGUAUGCGCUGUACAUAAGAAUUGUUUGUAUCAUGAGCGAAACAUGCCUAGCUAUGCUGGUUCUCUUGUUGACAUGCUUUGACCCUUUUUUCUUGUUUCUUUCUUAAGUGAAAAAUCAAUGCCUGAAUUGCAUCUUGAGUAUACUGGUUUGGGGUCAGACAUGGGAGACUUUAUUAUCAAUAUUGGCUACAUUCUUGCCUC